AUGUUGUUUGUAGUUAUCCCGUGUACUGGUUGGGUCGUAACAAAGGGUUUGGCAUAUGGUGACGGUGUAGGGGGUAGCCCUUUCGAUGAUUCAACUGAUGUUGGCGAUUCAUGUCCUAUUUACCCAUCGAUGAUUAGUUUCGCGGCUGACCAUUUAUGUGUUGCAUCUUUGAAUACGACAUAUAAAAGUGUGCACAAGAAUUCGACACAGUUGCGAUAUGAUUUUAGUCAGGCCCUCGAAGAUGUAGAAACGUUGACCUUAGACACCGAUGAAUGGGUUAUUAAAGUGAAUGGCAUUACUGGAGGAUUCAUCAACGCGCUACAGUUUCAUACAAACAAAGGUCGACAAACACGACUCGUUGGUGUAUCUAGUGGCACUUCAUGGUCAGAAGGCGGAGGAGGUGCUAAAGUAUUAAGUUAUUUUAAUGGUCGGUACGGUGAUGAGAUAAAUCAAAUACAGUUAAACUUUGUCCCAGCUGAUCCAGGUAAAUAUAUAAGCCUCUUGGCUACGAUUUGA